AUGAAGUCGCCGCCGGGAACGACGAUGAUGGCGGCGCUGGUGCAUCUGCUGGCCGCCUUCAGCGCCGCCGUGUUGGCCGCUGCCGGCGGCGAGCAGCCGCUGUCGAAGAUCGGCAUCCACCGGGCCACCUUGGCGAUCCAUCCGGGCGCCUCCGUCGACGUCUCGCCGCUGCUCCUCGGCCUGCAGGGGCAGGACCAAGAAUGGGUGACCAUCGGAUUUAACAACCCCAAGCCAUCCAAGGAUGACUGGAUUGGGGUCUUUUCCCCUGCUAAUUUCAGGGCUUCAUUAAGAGAGCAGAAAAGUUUGAUGGAUUGGACACUGGCUUACUCACAGAUUCGUUUUGCUGUAUUUAUCAGUGACUCCAUUUGCCCGUCGGAGAACCAAUGGGUCGAGGCCCCUCUUUUGUGCACGGCUCCUAUUAAGUUCCAAUAUGCAAACUAUACGACGUCCGACUAUGCGAAGACCGGAAAGGGGUCCUUGAGGCUUCAGAUAAUUAAUCAGAGGAGUGAUAUAUCAUUCGCAUUGUUUUCUGGAGGACUCUCAAAUCCGAAGCUUAUCACACGUUCAAAUAGCAUAACUUUCGCAAACCCGAAGGCUCCUGUGUACCCACGCUUGGCACAAGGAAAGUCCUGGGAUGAAAUGACAGUGACAUGGACAAGUGGAUAUAGUACGAAGGAGGCUACACCGUUUGUUGAAUGGGGCAUACAAGGGCAAAUCCAAAUCCUUUCUCCUGCAGGCACCCUUACGUUCAGUCGCGACACUAUGUGUGGCCCACCUGCUAGGACAGUUGGAUGGCGCGAUCCUGGUUUCAUACAUACAAGCUUCCUCAAGGACCUAUGGCCUAAUCUUAAGUACACGUACAGGAUUGGCCAUCGGCUAUUCAAUGGUCAAAUUGUUUGGGGACGUCAGAAUAGCUUCAAAGCACCUCCCUAUCCUGGGGAGGAUUCUUUGCAACGUGUUGUCAUAUUUGGAGAUUUGGGCAAGGCCGAGAUUGAUGGCUCAAACGAAUACAAUGACUUUGAGCGUGGUUCAAUCAACACAACUUACCAGCUAGUUAAGGACUUGAAGAAUAUCGAUAUGGUGAUGCAUAUCGGAGACAUCUGCUACGCCAGUGGUUAUCUGUCACAGUGGGAUCAGUUCACUGCACAGGUUGAACCCAUUGCUUCUACAGUACCUUACAUGGUGGCAAGCGGUAACCACGAAAGAGACUGGCCUGGAUCAGGAUCCUUUUAUGGGACUCUGGACUCGGGCGGUGAAUGCGGCGUGCCAGCUCAGAACAUGUUCUAUGUGCCAGCAGAGAACCGUGAGCAGUUCUGGUACUCGACGGACUACGGGAUGUUCCGGUUCUGCGUAGCCAACACGGAGCUGGACUGGCGGCCAGGCACCGAGCAGUACAAGUUCAUCGAGCACUGCUUGUCGUCCGUGGACCGGCAGAAGCAGCCGUGGCUCAUCUUCCUCGCCCACCGCGUCCUGGGCUACUCGUCGGCCACCUUCUACGGCGCCGAAGGGACGACGGAGGAGCCCAUGGGGAGGGAGAGCCUCCAGCUCCUCUGGCAGAAGUACAGGGUCGACAUCGCCAUGUACGGCCACGUCCACGGCUACGAGCGAACGUGCCCAGUCUACGAGAACGUGUGCGUGGCCAAGGGGUCGGACCGGUACAGCGGCGCGUUCACGGCGACGACGCACGUGGUGGUGGGCGGCGGCGGGGCGAGCCUGGCGGAGUACACGGCGGAGCGGGCGCGGUGGAGCCACGCGCAGGACCUGGACUACGGGUUCGCCAAGCUGACGGCCUUCAACCACACGACACUGCUCAUGGAGUACAAGCGGAGCAGGGACGGCAGCGUGCGCGACAGCUUCACCGUCUCGCGCGACUACCGCGACGUCCUUGCCUGCGGCGUCGACAACUGCGCCAGCACCACCAUGGCGUCCUAG